CCACCAGCAGUUCGCUGAUUGGUCAGGGGGCGGGGCUUUGGGGGGUUUUCAGCAGCAUCUCUCGCCGCAGGUCCAGCGGACAUCUGGAGCAGCGCUGGCCGGGAUUCAAACCUUCCAGCAUCCAGCUUUGACAUCCCACACCGAGCCGCGGCGGGUUUCCCUCUCUGCUCGCGGCUGACGCGCAGCCGCGCUGCGGUCCCGCUCCUCUGACGGCUGCACCGCCACCAGGAGGCUCCGGAGACGCAGACAGACCCGAUCCCAGCAGCAAACCGCGGAAAUCAGGGGAUGAAAACCCAGAAGGGGGUGUUGGACUGAACUGAUCCCGCAUAUGACAGGUCCCGAGGCCCGAUGGAAGCUGCGACACGUCUGGAUCCCAGCUCUGGUUCCAUUCUGGAUUAAAGAGUCGUGAUUGGAACGGGGCGGUUCGGCGCCUUCAUUAGUUUGUCUUUGCAUCUUAUUUGUGGCGGACAGCUCAAGCGGUCCUGAUCCAGAGUUGGAGGGAGCAGGCGGAUCCAUCUCCUCCUCCCGCUGCCGGUCUGGAUUAGAGCCCAUCAGCAUCAUGAACCACCCCCCCUCUGUGGCUCUAAUCUGGGUUUUAUCCAGCUGGAUUUAAAUCUGAGAUCUGAUCUGGAUUACUGUUCUCCUGGUUCCGAUCGCGUCCAAUCAGGUCUCGGUGUAAUCUUGGGCUGGGUUCUCGGUCCAGUCGUGUCCGAUAGUGGGGUCCUGAGACAACCAUGCCGACGUCCCGUCCGGGUUCGGAGCCGGUGGAGUUCUGGGUGGACGGGUCGCGGCGGGACGGGACGGUGGAGGACUUCUACACUCUGGGAUCCGAGCUGGGCAGAGGAGCAACGUCCAUCGUGUAUCGCUGUGAGGAGAAGCAGACCCAGAAACCCUACGCUGUCAAAGUCCUGAAGAAAACGAUCGAUAAGAAAAUAGUUCGAACAGAAAUUGGUGUCUUGUUACGUCUCUCACAUCCCAACAUUAUUCAGCUAAAGGAGAUCUUUGAAACAGACACUGACAUCGCACUCGUGCUGGAGCUGGUGACGGGAGGAGAGCUUUUUGACCGGAUUGUGGAGCGCGGUUACUACAGUGAGAGAGACGCAGCCCACGUCAUCAAGCAGAUCCUGGAGGCCGUCGCCUAUUUGCAUGAAAAUGGGGUUGUCCAUCGGGAUCUCAAACCGGAGAACCUGCUUUAUGCCGACCUGUCGCUGGACGCUUCCCUCAAGAUAGCCGAUUUUGGACUUUCAAAAAUCAUUGAUGACCAGGUGACCAUGAAGACAGUGUGUGGAACUCCAGGCUACUGUGCUCCAGAGAUCCUGCGGGGAAAUGCUUACGGCCCUGAGGUGGACAUGUGGUCGGUGGGCGUCAUCCUCUACAUCCUACUCUGUGGGUUUGAGCCCUUCUUCGACCCAAGGGGCGACCAGUACAUGUACAGCCGCAUCCUCAACUGUGAUUAUGAGUUUGUGUCUCCGUGGUGGGACGAGGUCUCUCUCAAUGCCAAGGACCUGGUUGGUAAGCUGAUUGUCCUCGACCCACACAAGCGCCUCAGCGUCCGGGAAGCCCUGCAGCACCCCUGGGUGCUGGGUAAAGCUGCCCGCUUCUCACACAUGGACACCACGCAGAGGAAGCUGCAGGAGUUCAAUGCUCGACGCAAACUUAAGGCCGCCAUGAAAGCUGUUGUGGCCACCAGUCGGAUGCACGAGGGGUCCCGGCGCCGCACAGACAGCUGUGAGAUUCAAGGUUCAGGGACUUCCCGGCAGAGCAGCAUGCAGCAGGACCCCCCCCCUGAGUCCUCGGGUUCUGCCACCGGAGACAAAGACGCCCCCUCCCCGGACCAGCAGGUGCCACAGGAAGCUGAAUCAAAGCUUGAUGACCACAGUGCCCUCAGUCCUUCCCCUCCACGGAGCCCCAACCCACUCAAGUCUGAUGCCACGCCCACGGGCCACGCCCUCACCAGGCCGCCGCUGCGUGCCGACGGGCUCCGACAGGCAUCGGUGAUCCCCAAAUCCAUGCUGGUCCAACCGCGGCUUCCGCAGAAGAGCUGCUCCGUCAUCGAGUCCACCGCCAGAGUGGAUGCAGCAUCCCCAGGCUCGCCUCUGAGCCCCAACAAUCUCAGCAAUGGCUUCUCGCCAGGGGCGGAGCCUGCCAGUAAGACCGCUUCCUGCCAGUAAUCAACUGAGCAGCAGUUUCCCUCUUUCAUGCCACAGAAACCAUCCAUUUCACAUAAAUGUCACUGGGGACCAAAUUGCAGCAGAAAAGAAAAGUUCCAGGACCCCAUGUUUAUAGCUCAGCUGUCACGCCCACACAAAGCUGCUCGCCCAAUCAGAGACAGAUGAGGACUCUGCUGGAUAUAGACAGGUGGGGCAGCACUGAAGAUAGUUUUGGGUAAAUAGUAACUUUUCUUGUGAAUGGAAAAACUGUAGCUGACUGAAUGUAGGAUUAAAUGGAAUAACCAGACAAGGUUUACUCGUUGAAGAAAGUUUAGCUACUUUGGUUAUUUUUCACUCGCUGCCUCUCCUGACUUCAGGACCCAAAAACUGCUGAAAGGCAUCAUUUAUCAGCCCAUGCAGGCUUUGUACUCUGCCAGAAACCCACACAGCUUCCUGUUAAAGUCAAAUGUGUUUUUUAUCUUCGGAAGUCACAUGCACCUUGCUUCCUCUUCCAGAUGUGCUCUGAUUGUAAUUAUUUUUUUACUGGUCCACAUGCAAAGACAGGAACGAGUGUUUUCUACCAGAGGAAAAGUUCAGUUGGGACCUUUUCUAAAAAAAAUAUUAAUAAAUAGCUUCCACACUUCGCUUCAUACACCUGAAACAUAUCAAACAGUGAGGCAGAAAUAUUUUCUGAAACAAAUUUAUUCAGUAAGGUUGGUUUUAUCUUAUUUAUUCUUUUGCUAAAUCAGUGUGCAGCCUAAAGGGAGACAGAUGGUAGAGUCCCACUCCGAUCAUCUUUUGAUCUAUUGUAAAAAUGUUCUUUUAAUUAUGAUUAUGUCAUUUUUUGCCAAAAUAAUACAAAAAUAUAUUGUUUUCUAGAACAUAGUUUAUGCAGAGUAAGCCAACCACAACUUCCCAUCAUACCUUUGAUUACACACUCUCACCACUAGCUUACAUCCCCUCACAACCCCAACAUAACAUUAGCAGAGCAACAAAAAUGGGGAACAAUAUUGGAGCUAACCAGCCGUACAGUUUUGAGGCAGAUGCUCUUUUUCAAACUGCAUUUUUUCGUCAUUUCA